UGCCAAAAACCAUAGAGGAAGAAGAAGAGGAAGCAGCAGACAGAGCUUCAGUCCUUGCACCGCUGUGGUUUGUCUGCAGUUAUAAUUUUACACCAAAAUUAUUGAGUCUUUCAAAAUAAAGACACGGGCUGUUAAAGAAGAGGAGCGGCUGCUACACGUUUUACCAAAAUGAAGCUCAACAUCGAGGGUCUGUUGGUGUAUUUCCCAUAUGACUACAUCUAUCCUGAGCAGUACUCCUACAUGCUGGAGUUGAAGAGGACACUGGAUGCCAAGGGUCAUGGAGUCCUGGAGAUGCCAUCAGGAACAGGGAAGACCAUCUCUCUGCUGUCUCUCAUCAUUGCCUACCAGAGGGCCUUUCCUUUGGAAGUGACCAAGUUAAUAUACUGCUCCAGAACUGUUCCAGAGAUCGAGAAGGUCAUAGAGGAGCUGAGGAAGCUGAUGGAGUUUUAUUCCAAGGAAACUGGAGAAAGCAACAACUUCUUGGCUCUGGCUCUUUCCUCCAGGAAAAACCUCUGCAUCCACCCUGAGGUGAGCUCUCUGCGCUUCGGUAAGGAAGUCGAUGGGAAGUGCCACAGUCUGACAGCGUCGUACAUUCGUGCACAACGCCACAGCAACCCCAACCUGCCUGUCUGUCGUUUCUAUGAGGAGUUUGAUGCAGUCGGUCGACAGGUGCCCCUGCCUCCUGGCGUCUACAACCUUGAUGACCUGAAAGACUUUGGCAGGAGGAAAGGCUGGUGUCCUUACUAUCUGGCACGCUACUCAAUCCUGCAUGCCAACAUUGUGGUGUACAGCUACCAUUACCUGCUGGACCCCAAGAUAGCUGACCUGGUGUCCAAAGAGCUGGCCAAGAAAUCUGUUGUGGUGUUCGAUGAGGCUCAUAAUAUAGACAAUGUAUGUAUCGACUCCAUGAGUGUGAACAUCACCAGACGAACGCUUGACCGCUGCCAGAACAACGUGGACACACUCCAAAACACCAUACACAAGAUAAAGGAGACAGAUGCUGCUAAGCUGAGGGAGGAGUACAGGCGACUGGUAGAGGGGCUGAAGGAAGCCAAUGUUGCCAGGGAAACAGACAUCUACCUUGCAAAUCCAGUGUUACCAGAUGAAAUUCUUCAAGAGGCAGUUCCUGGAACUAUUCGCACAGCAGAGCACUUUGUUGGAUUCUUGAGGCGUUUCCUGGAGUAUCUGAAGUCCCGUCUGAGGGUCCAACAUGUCGUACAGGAGAGCGCCCCACAGUUCCUCAAAGACAUCUUUGACAAAGUCUGCAUCGACCGCAAGCCUCUAAGGUUUUGUGCAGAGCGGUUGCAGUCAUUACUGCGAACGCUGGAGAUUGCUGACAUCGCAGACUUCUCAGCCGUUACUCUCAUCUCUAACUUUGCUACCCUGGUCAGCACCUACAGUCAAGGUUUUACCAUAAUCAUUGAGCCUUUUGAAGAUAGAACUCCAACCAUUGCCAACCCUGUGCUGCACUUCAGCUGCAUGGACCCAUCUAUAGCCAUUAAACCUGUUUUUCAAAGAUUUCAGUCAGUCAUCAUCACGUCGGGGACUCUCUCUCCACUGGAUAUCUAUCCCCGAAUCCUGGACUUCCGUCCUGUUACCAUGGCAUCCUUCACCAUGACGCUGGCACGGACCUGCCUCUGUCCUCUGAUUGUUGGCAGGGGAAACGACCAGGUGGCCCUGAGCUCAAAGUUUGAGACCAGAGAAGACUUUGCUGUGAUUCGGAACUAUGGCAACCUGCUUCUAGAGAUGUCUGCCAUCGUCCCUGACGGCAUUGUCGCGUUUUUCACCAGCUACGUCUACAUGGAGAACAUAGUGGCGUCUUGGUAUGAGCAGGGAAUCCUGGAGAAUAUCCAGAGAAACAAACUGAUCUUCAUUGAGACUCAGGAUGCUGCAGAGACGAGCAUGGCCCUGGAGAAAUACCAAGAGGCGUGUGAGAACGGCAGAGGGGCCAUCCUCCUGUCUGUGGCCAGAGGAAAAGUGUCUGAAGGAAUAGAUUUCGUGCACCAUUUUGGCCGGGCAGUCAUCAUGUUUGGAGUGCCUUAUGUUUACACACAGAGCCGCAUCCUAAAGGCUCGUCUGGAGUACCUCCGGGAUCAGUUUCAGAUCAGAGAGAAUGACUUCCUAACGUUUGAUGCAAUGCGUCACGCAGCUCAGUGUGUGGGCAGAGCCAUCAGAGGGAAGACUGACUAUGGUCUCAUGAUUUUUGCUGACAAGCGUUAUGCCCGAGCAGACAAACGUGGAAAGCUUCCUCGCUGGAUUCAGGAGCACAUUAAUGACGGCAGUCUGAACCUCACCGUGGACGAAGCAGUCCAGCUCGCCAAGCACUUCCUGCGACAGAUGGCUCAGCCUUUCAGACAGGAAGACCAGUUGGGUCUGUCUCUGUUGACUCUGGAGCAGCUGCAGUCGGAGGAGAUGCUGCAGAAAAUCACUCAGAUCGCUCAUCAGACUUGAAGGUGACAUACAGUGCAUAACGUCAUCACUAUGUUGCUCUAUGUAGUGCUAUGUUCGUGCACGUUAUAUAGGGGAGAACAUGUUCAGAUUCAAAAACGUCAAAUAAGACUUUUUCCGAUUUCAGUUUGACUUAAGUUGCCCUGAGUUUAUCUCACUGGGUAAAAAACACAGCAUUACAUGUAGGGAGGGACUUUACAGUUUUAUGGAUCAGGGCCAAACAUUUUCUGUAUUCAGUGCAUGUAUUCAGUAUUACAGUGAAUCCUUUCCAUUAUGAUGCAGAGCUGUUACUUGGAAUUGACUCCUAAUACGGAUGGGCUAUUAUCACUACUGCUGCUGCAGUUUAUCAAAAAACCCCUGCACAUUUCAAACCAAAAAUGCUAUACGCAUCAUGCUGUUUUGAUAAGUAACAUGUUUUGUUUCAAACAAAACAAGCAGAUGUGUUGAAAGUGAGCUACAACCAGUCAUCAGUGGGUCAACUCAUUAACAACAGAACUGUUGUUAACAGUGUAACAACAGUGUAAUAUCAGUCCAUAUUGUGUCUGUCAUACAGACAAGACUGCUGUUAGUUUACUUUGCUACUGUAACUGUACAUAGUCACAUUUUAUAGUGAAAGUGAAUUUUUAUGCAUCUGUUUUUCAACCAGAAGGCUGGAAUAUACAUGUUUGUAUUAA